AUGUCAUUUUCUACAGCGAACGAGUCGUUGUACCCGAAAUUCAUCGUCAACGAGUUCUCGAGCAUCUUCACCAAGGCCACCCAGGCGAGUAUCGAUCCAAACUGCUUCCAGCAGCAGCAAACGUUUCUGGCCCGGCAUCACCAAAGACAUCGAGCGCUUCGUCCGCACCUGCGAGAAGUGCGCAACAGUCUCCAAAGCUCCGAUGAAGUGCAGCCCUGGUCAGUGCCCGAAAAAUCUUGGUCGAGAAUUCAUGCAGACUACGCUGGGCCCAUAGAUAGAUUCUCAUUUCUGGUCAUCGUCGAUGCUUUCAGCAAGUGGCCAGAAAUCUUCGAAACGAAAUCGACAACAGCCACAAAGACAAUUGAAUUCUUCAAGAAUGUUUUCGCUCAACAUGGCUUGCCAGACACCAUUGUAACCGACAAUGGCCAGCAGUUUAUCUCCACUGAGUUCAAGGACUUCUGCAAUUCCAACGGCAUUCAACACUUGACUUCAUCGCCGUAUCAUCCACAAUCGGAAGGCCAAGGAGAAAAAUUCGUCGGUCUUUUCAAGACAGGCUACAAGAAAGCAACAGGAAACGUUGACCAAAAAAUUCGAGAAUUUCUCUAUUCCUACCGAUUCACGCCUUCAUACAAUCUCGGCAACAAAUCUCCAGCAGAGCUCCUCAACAGUCACAGAAUAAAGACCACGCUGGAUCUCCUUAAACCACAAUAG